CCAAAAAACUCAAAGAAAGAAAGGUGGGUUGCAGAAAGCUAAGAAAGGAGGAAAUGAAAAACCCAAAACCCUAUAACCUUCCUUCCUCACAAUGACGGUUGAUCUACCGCCAGAAAUACUCGCUGAAAUCUUCUCCCUAUUACCGGUAAAAUCAGUUCUCCGAUUCCGAUCAACCUCGAAAUCACUUCGAUCCUUAAUCGAUUCCCACAACUUCAUCAACCUUCACCUCAGAAAAUCCCUCAAUCGAUCCUUAAUCCUUCGACUCAACACUGAUCUCUACCAGUUCGAUGAGGAUUUCUCUAACCUAACCACCGCCGUUCCACUCAACCAUCCUUUCUUGCGUCACAGCACCAACAUCACUCUUCUGGGUUCAUGUAACGGCCUCCUCUGCAUCUCCAAUGGCGAAAUCGAUUUCUCUAACCCUUACGACAAAAAUGAAAUCACAUUCUGGAACCCUAACAUCUGUAAACAUCGGAUUAUCCCUUUUCUCCCUAUUCCUAUUCCUCCCCGUCGUUCUGAACCUGACGACAUCAACUUUGCCUAUUGCGUUCACGGAUUCGGUUUUGAUCCAUUAACCAGCGAUCACAAACUCCUCAGAAUCUCUUGGUCUUUUGAUCAACAACUCUCUACUUUUGAUUCACAUGUCAGGCUAUUUAGCUCUAAAAACAACUCGUGGAAAAUAAUUCCCAGAAUGCCGUAUGCUCUUUACUAUGCUCAAACCAUGGGGGUUUUUGUUCACAAUUCUCUUCACUGGAUAAUGACCAAGGAACUUGAUGGAUUACACCCUUGUUUAAUUGUCGCGUUUAACCUAACACUUGAGAUUUUCAACCAGGUUCCUCUUCCUGCUGAAAUAGGUCAAAAGAAUUUUGAAAUUUCUGUUUCUGUUUUGGGAGGGUGUCUUUGUAUGGUUGUGGAUUAUCAAACUAGCGAUGUUGAUGUUUGGGUGAUGAAAGAAUAUCGAUCUAGAGAUAGCUGGUGUAAACUUUUUACUUUGGUUAAAUCUUGUUUCACUUCAUCUUUGAAAUCCUUGGGGGUUUUAGGUUGUUCUAGCGAUGGAAGGAAGGUUCUGUUGCAAGGAAUUAAUGAUUUGAAACUGUUUUGGUAUGAUUUGAAGAGUGAACAAAUUACUUAUGUUGAAGGAAUUCCUAAUUUUGAUGAAGCCAUGUUUUGUGUUGGAAGUCUUGUACCACCUUCCUUCCCUGUUGUUAAUUGUAAGAAGGAGAAUCUAUGUAAGCUGAGAUGUCAGACUACAAGCAAGAGAAGGGAUGACUUCUUGUCCCAAGGAUUUAAAUUGAGAUUGUAAGGGAUGGAAGGAAGGACCUGUGAUGUGCAGCUGAAACCAGGAUGCUCAAGUUGUUUCUUCUGAUGGAAUCGGUCACAUUGGAUGUUCUGUGGUCUUAUGUCAAUGGUUUUUUGUUUUAUCCUUUUCUGGUUUUUAGGAGGCAACUGUAAGGUGCAGCUUAUGUUAUUUACUUUUUAAAUUUUAGUAUGUGUGAUGAAAGCUGUGUUAUAGACUGAUGUAAGACCAAACUGUCGAAGAUUGACAGCUUUUUAUGAAAAUGGGAUUAUUAUUAAUGUCAGAAUUGAAAUGCUUGUUGUAAAUAAA